AUGGCAUUCCUCGGUAAGGGGUGCUUGCAGCUUACCCCAGUUCCCGCGGCCGUCAGUGAGACCUCCGGCGCGGACGUGACCUACGGAUCGACGGUGCUCGACAACGACGUGGACUUGUCCUACCUGGACGAGACGUCUACCAUCAUCGUGUGGCUGUCCGUGACCCUCGACAACACGAGCAACACCCCUUCCGUGCUCUCGUUAGAGAACGCGGAGGGGAGCACCCUCUCGACGGCGAUUCCCGACCCUGACGAGGGCUGGCAGACCGGCAGCAACAGGUACACACGCACACGGGAAGGAAAAAAAGAAAGAAAGGUCAUUUCCAUGUUGACGUGA